UUUCCUUUCCCUUUCCCUUUCCCUUCUCCACACUUCUUCUUCUCUUAAAGAGCAGAGAUAAAAUCCAACAGAACAGAGCUACGAGCACCAGUUCAGAACCAGGCAUGGGGAACUGCCUGCCCGUCGCUGCAACCAAUUCAGGGGCAAGCAGCAGCGGCCCGGCGAUCGAAAGGCUCUCCACGCGCAGCGGGAGCAUUUUCAGCCAGUCCGACGGCAGCUUCAUCAGCGCCGACGACGCGUUCCCCGACGGCCGGAUCCUCGAGGCGCCCAACCUCCGGGUCUUCACCUUCUCGGAGCUGCGAGCCGCCACGAGGAACUUCAAGGCCGACGCGGUCCUCGGCGAAGGAGGCUUCGGGAGGGUGUACAAGGGCUGGGUGGAGGAGAAGACCCUGAACCCGGCCAAGAGCGGCUUCGGCAUGGUGGUGGCCGUCAAGAAAUUGAACAUCGACGGCAUGCAGGGCCUUGAACAGUGGCAGUCGGAAGUCGACUUCCUCGGCCGGCUUUCGCACCCGAACCUCGUCAAGCUCUUGGGCUACUGCUUGGACGAGAAGGAGCACCUUCUUGUUUACGAGUACAUGGCCAAGGGAAGCCUCGAGAACCACCUCUUCAGAAGAGGGGCCGCCUUCGAGCCACUUCCGUGGAGCCUGAGGCUCAAGAUAGUCAUAGGCGCGGCCCGAGGGCUCGCGUUCCUACAUGCGUCCGAGAGGCAAAUCAUCUAUCGCGAUUUCAAGGCUUCGAACAUCCUCCUCGACUCGAAUUACUCCGCGAAGCUCUCGGAUUUCGGACUAGCAAAGCACGGGCCGGGCGAAGGGGACUCGCAUGUCACCACGCGAGUCAUGGGCACCUAUGGAUACGCCGCGCCCGAAUACGUCAGCACGGGUCAUUUGUACGUAAAGAGCGAUGUGUACGGAUUCGGAGCGGUGCUACUCGAGGUGCUCUCGGGGCAGCGGGCGUUCGACCCGAGUCGACCGAGCGGGCAGCACAACUUUGUAGAAUACUCCAAACCCCACUUGGCGGACCGCCGAAAGUUAGCCCAACUGAUGGACCCCCGGCUCGAGGGGCAGUAUCCCUCCAAGGGGGCUCGCCUAGCCGCCCAACUCACCCUCAAGUGCCUCACGGUCGACCCAAAGAGCCGGCCUUCGAUGAAAGAAGUGGUGCAGGCCCUGGAGCAGAUAGAGCUAGAAACCCUGAAAGGCAGACCCAGAAGUGUUUCCCAGAGCUCCAGCAACUCACAGAACUAGCCAUCCGUCGAAGGCCUUUCGAUUGCACGAGUCCCACAGUUUUGGCCGUUUAUUUAUUUAUUUUCUUUUAAUUUUUGUUUUUUGUUUUUUAUUUUUAUUUUCUGAUGAUGACUUGAGAGAUUAGUGCAAUGUGCAUGCCUUCCACUUGCACCUCCACAAAAAGAUGAAUUAAUGGAGCUUUCACAAAGAGAGGCAUUUAUUGGUCAGUAAGGUGGAAGCAAUGACCAAACUGUUGGAGGAGGAAGAAGGAGGUGAGAACAAAACAAAAGGGAGGAUUGUGUUGCUCUGUUGAAUUCUAAGAUCGGAUUAACAAAUAAACAAGGUUUUUCUUUGGA